CUACCUUUGUCGAUUUCUUGCGCUCCCGUUGAAACGCCUGCUUGUUGUUUCCCCGGGCGAGGAGGAGGAAGAAGUUGUGCAGCCUCUCGGUCGGAGUAUUGGGAGCACCGAGGCAGAAUAAGCAGGCUCAAAGCGUGGAGGCUUCACUUUCUGUUAUUACCAGAGGAAGACCUGUGGACAUACAUGGGACCUGGAGUCGUGGGCUGAAAGCCAGGAAGGAUUUAACCUCCCCAUCACCUUGUUGUAGCACCGCGUGUCCCACCUCUCAACGGGAUUAAUCAUGCCGGACCAAAUCACAGUUUCAGAGUUUGUGGCAGAGACAAAUGAAGAUUAUAAAUCUCCCACAGCCUCCAACUUCACCACCAGGAUGUCCCACUGCAGGAACACAGUGACUGCUCUGGAGGAGGCUCUGGAUGUGGAUCGCAGUGUUCUGUACAAGAUGAAGAAGUCUGUGAAGGCCAUCUACACAUCCGGUCUUGCUCACGUGGAGAACGAGGAGCAGUACACCCAAGCCCUGGAGAAAUUCGGUGAGAACUGUGUGUACAGAGACGAUCCAGAUCUGGGUUCAGCCUUCCUCAAGUUCUCCGUCUUCACCAAGGAGCUCACUGCGCUCUUCAAAAACCUGUUCCAAAACAUGAACAACAUCAUCACGUUUCCUCUGGACAGCCUGCUGAAAGGAGACCUGAAGGGAGUCAAAGGGGAUCUGAAGAAGCCUUUUGACAAAGCCUGGAAGGACUACGAAACAAAAGUCACCAAAAUAGAGAAGGAGAAGAAGGAGCACGCAAGGCAGCACGGGAUGAUCAGGACUGAGAUCAGCGGGGCUGAAAUUGCUGAAGAGAUGGAAAAGGAGAGGAGGUUCUUCCAGCUGCAGAUGUGCGAGUAUCUCCUCAAAGUCAACGAGAUCAAAAUCAAGAAGGGAGUGGACCUGCUGCAGAACCUCAUCAAAUACUUCCAUGCACAGUGCAAUUUCUUCCAGGACGGUCUGAAAGCCGUGGACAACCUGAAACCUUCAAUAGAAAAACUUGCCACAGAUCUGCACACGAUAAAGCAGGUGCAGGAUGAGGAGAGGAAGCAGCUGACUCAGUUGAGAGAUGUUCUCAAAACAGCACUACAGGUGGAGCAGAAGGAGGAAUCACAGGUGAGGCAGAGCACCACCUACAGCCUGCACCAACCCCAGGGUAACAAGGAGCACGGCACAGAGCGCAGCGGCUUUCUUUUCAAGAAGAGUGACGGGUUGAGGAAAGUGUGGCAGAAGAGAAAGUGCACAGCCAAGAACGGAUACCUCACCAUCUCACACGGCACAGCCAACCGACCGCCGGCUAAACUCAACCUGCUCACCUGUCAGGUGAAACACAACCCAGAGGAGAAGAGAAGCUUUGACCUCAUAUCCCAUGACAGAACGUAUCACUUUCAGGCCGAGGACGACCAGGACUGUCAGAUCUGGAUCUCGGUGCUGCAGAACAGUAAGGAGGAGGCGUUGAAUCAGGCCUUUAAAGGGGACCAGCACGUCGGCGAGAACAACAUCGUGCAGGAGCUGACCAAGGCGAUUCUGGGAGAGGUGAAGAGGAUGACGGGGAACGAUGUGUGCUGUGACUGUGGAGCACCGAACCCAACAUGGCUGUCCACCAACCUGGGCAUUCUUACCUGCAUUGAGUGUUCGGGGAUUCACAGGGAGCUGGGAGUCCACUACUCCAGGAUACAGUCCCUCACACUUGACGUACUCAGCACCUCAGAGCUCUUGCUGGCCAAGAAUGUGGGGAAUGCAGGCUUUAAUGAAAUCAUGGAGGCUUGUUUAAAUGCUGAAAAUGUGGUUAAACCCAACCCAUCCAGUGACAUGCAGGCGAGGAAGGACUUCAUCACAGCCAAAUACACGGAGAAACGAUUCGCAAGGAAGAAAUGUCCUGACGCGACGUCAAGGCUCCACACGCUGUGCGACGCGGUAAAAGCCCGGGACAUCUUCUCCCUCAUCCAGGUCUACGCCGAGGGAGUUGACCUCAUGGAGCCCAUUCCUCUGGCCAAUGGACAUGAACAAGGGGAGACAGCUCUUCAUCUCGCAGUCAGGCUGGUGGAUAGGACGUCUCUUCACAUCGUCGACUUCCUCACUCAGAACAGCUUGAAUCUGGAUAAGCAGACGGUCAAAGGCAGCACAGCGCUGCACUACUGCUGCCUGACAGACAACAGUGAGUGUCUGAAGCUGCUGCUGAGGGGGAAGGCCUCCAUAGAGAUCGCUAAUGAGGCCGGGGAGACGCCGCUGGAUAUCGCUCGCAGGCUCAAACACCUCCAGUGUGAGGAGAUGUUAAACCAAGCGCUGGCUGGGAAAUUCAACGCCCACGUCCACGUUGAAUACGAGUGGUGCCUGCAGCAUGAAGACUUGGAUGAAAGUGAUGAAGAUCUGGAUGAGAAGCCCAGCCCUCACCGCAGAGAUGAGCGUCCGGUCAGCUGCUACACACCGGGCAGCAACUCCCACCUCCAGUCCGGUCUGAGCUCUGCAAGCCGGGACACCGUCGGUCUUGGCAAGGACAAACAGCGAGCCUACAUACCCAACCUGGUCAACAAUGAGACGUACGGCACCAUCCUCAACACCAACCAGUCUCAGUCCACCACCACCUCUGCUCCACCUCUGCCACCGAGGAACCUUGCCCAGUUAUCUGGUCUGGGAGGGAUCAUUCAGUCGUCAGCACCCAGCAGCUGGAAGCCUGGUCCUUUAGACCUGGUCGGUCGACAGAGGUCGUCCUCAGAUCCCCCGAACAUGCAUCCUCCUGUCCCCCCAUUGAGACUAACAUCAACUGGAGGUCUGGGUCCUGCUCCUGUAGCAAAGAUGGAGUCACUGAGCAUCCAGUCCAAGUCCAGCCAAGGACUGCUGGGCUCCAGAGUGGUGCCGCCUAAAUCCCCUGCAGGGAAUGAUAAAAGCUUCAGCAGAGGGCCUCUUACUCGGACGCAAUCAAUCGAGAGACCAACUAAGGAAGUGCCAGGAUGCCCUCAGAACUCCAUCGGUCAGUCUCUGACUCAGGCACCCAUGGCGAGGAAGGCCUACCCAAAACAGAGGCCGAAGCGAGUAAAAGCCAUCUACAACUGUGUCGCUGACAACCCUGACGAGCUGACGUUCUCUGAGGGCGAGGUGAUCGUGGUGGACGGAGAGGAGGACCAGGAGUGGUGGCUGGGCCACAUCGAAGGAGACCCCAUGAGACGAGGAGCGUUCCCCGUCACUUUUGUUCACUUCAUCACCGACUGAAUGGCCUCCUCUCCAGGUCUCAGGAAGAAUCACGGCGUUCUGCCUCGUCCCAGUGUGUGUGGUUGACAUCAUCAUCAUCAUCAUCAUCAUCAUCAUCCUCACUGGCAUCAUCAGCAAGCUUGUUCAAGAGUCACUGCUGUAUCAUCACCAACUAUUGUGGGUUGUCAUUGUGGCGACAGAAGCAGCUUUUAUUUGAGGAAGUCUGGGAAGUCGUUGUGAGGACCAAUGGGACUGUGUGGUUUAACGCGUGCUGUUUGUGUUUCCGACAAAAGCUCUAGGAUUUAAAAAACAAUGAUUGUAGUAAACGACCUCUCGUAAUAAAUGCACUUUCUUGUCUUCAUCCCUGUUACAACAUGAGACGGCACGUGACAUAAUGAAGGUUAAAUGUACAGUAUUCAUUUCAUCUGUUUUCCUGCUCAGCUGCAUUGUACAGCAAGACUACAGCAAUGUAUUUAACUGACUAACAACUGUAAAUGUGAACAUGCUUACAUUCCACCUCUGCAUGAGCAAUCUCAAAUGCCUGCCUGCUUUUAGGUGCCACGACUCAACUCUUGUAGCAGACCUCCUGUGUGGAGGUCGUCCUAAUGGUGCUAAGUGAACUCUGCUUAAUGCUAGAAGCUGCUUUGCUGUCCCCGUUUCAAACACGAGCUGCCAUUCAAAGGAUGCAAAGACGACAAAUACAGGGUUAUAGAGAACACCAACACCCCCGCUCUUCCUCCUGUGCUGUUCUAGGUGAAACGAUGAAGCUGACUGGAGCGAGUAAUUACCUUCAUGCUGAGUCUGACUCCUCAGGCUUUCUUCGCCUGUCAUCUGCCUUAUUAGGAGUAGGCGUGUGUGCGUGUGUGUGUGUGUGUGUGUGUGUGUGCGUUUGUUGUCUGCACAGAAUAAGCUGAGAAUAACAGAAUAGUGAAGCAAGAGUACAUAAAAAAGUAAAGCAGAAGGUCGCUCUGUGACUUUUGUUCUUCCUCUUGCCUUUUAGAGCGCUCAGACUGUGACAGGCUGUAGUUUUUUUUUUAAUUCACACAAAUGUAGUCUCCAUCUUUGACACUCUCUGUGCCGCCAGACAGCGAGAGAAAGUAUCACCCUUCAUAAAGGUUAAACAUCUCCUAUCUGGGGUCCUCUGUUGUAGAAAGAGGAUUGUGUCGAUAGUGUAAGGAAAGAAAUAUAAAUGUAAUUAACUUCAUUUUUGGUUGCAGAGCAACUUUCUUUCUGUUCAUAAUGUUGAUAUUUAGGCAUUUAACUUGAAACCGAGAGCCUUCCAUGGAUUUGUGAAUGACAAGAGAAGCGUGUGUUUGUAACUCAUCAGCUCUCUUCAUGGUGUUUCAUAUGAACCCACUGGAAACAGGAAGAUUUAAUUAUCUAUUUGUGUAAAUAGUCUUGUUGUUUUGUUAAUUUAAAUGUUUAAAAAAAGGAGCUAAGAGACAGUGAACCCGCUCAUUAAAUGUGUUUUAAUGCGCCGUGGUGACGAGCAGCUACAAAUACAACCUCCGCUGGACCUGUGUGUGUGUGUUUGUGUGUAUGUGCUCGUAACACAUUCACACACACAGCUGGGAUAAGACUUUAAUUCAUUCUCAUGAAGUGUCUGUGGAUCACUGCAUUGACUCUGUAACUCUUGUUCAAGCAAAUGGGAAAAUGAAACUGGAAUAAUAAACUAUGAGAUAAUUAGA